AGCGCGUUGCACUACGCACAAAACACCUUUCAAGUGGAAUACCAAAUUCACGUCAUCUCUCCUGAACGUCAUCUUAAAAAGAAAAGGAAAACGAGAGAGACAGUCUUCCUUGUCCCCCCCCCCUUCCCCUGCCGGAUUGAGAGGGAGAUACGUACUUGUGCCAUUUUUCUUCUUACUUGAACCCUCUGCUGACAUUCUUAUUUUUUUUUCUGUGUCGAUUGUUUCUGGAAUUUGUGUGUGUGUGCGUUUUUCCUUUUAUUCGGUUCCGUUACUCUCUCUCUCUCUCUCUCCCUCUCUCUCUACCAGUGUACGUUGCGCUAUCACGCUGCCAUAAUUUGGGUUUCGCUCGUGGUGGGAGAGAGAGUGUGAUCCUGUUCGCCACCCGGUGCCAAAAAGCCCCUUUAAAAAAAAUCCGUUAUCUCUUUGUUUAUAUUUGUUUGUUUUAGCGUCCUCAUCGUUAUCGAGCUACGUGCACCACCAACCCUUUGCGUGAUACUAGUGGGUUUUGAUGUGUGACGAAUGUCGCCGCAGCACCCAUGCGUUGUUAACUUGCUGCUUUUGCCUUUUCAAACACUCUAUGGCGUUUUCUGCGUCACUCUGCGUUCACGCCAUGUGCACCCGUGCAGACCAGCAGUAGAGCGGAGGAUACUGCGUGUGCUACUCACCCUAUUGGCAGCCCUGCUGCUGGCAGCUGAAUGGGAUGAUAGCUUUAUUUGCCGAGCAGAGAGGGUGCCUCGUCAAUGCGCACCACACGGCUUUUUUCUUCGCGAGUUUGAGCCUUCGUUGUUACGCGGCGUCUACGCGUUGUCUGUGCCACGCAGGACAGAGGUGGACGACGCGGCAACAUCGGACCUCAACACUACCGCUACCACAACGAGUUUCGACACGGAAGAGAGAAAACUAGUUGAAGGCAAGCCCGUGGUACCUCAUGACGCCGCACACGGCAUCGCUUCACACGCAGAAGAUUGGGCUCAUUAUAGGAAAGCGAAUAGACGACGACAGUUGCAGCAACUCCCUGCACGCACCGGUGUGUCGGACGUAUGUUCGUUUAUUGAUGAAUCCGCGGCACAAGCUGACCGUAAUGUGACGGGUCCUCUGUGCGCAAGUGAGGUGGCCAAGCCGGGCCGCAGCCAAUGUCGUGGGAGGCGCCGGCGUCUGUCUCCUUCAUCUUCCAACUCUCUCGUCUCCUUUGGUGCAACAAGUAGCAACGCGUGUGUUGUCAGUCGACGUAGACCUCGCCGUGGGCGUUCUGCGCAGCUAUCAAAACUCCCCAGGACUGGCACAGCGGAGAGCGGCAUCGGCAGCACCGUCUCACAGUUGCAACGACGCUCAGGUGUGCACGUUUCGGACUCGUCGUCUGUUGCAUCCGCGCUUUCGUCGUCAUCUACUGUUGCCGGCAGUGAUGCAGACAGCCGCGGCGGUGACGGGGGAAACAGCAGCAACUCUCCUGUUAUUUUGCUGGUCGAGCCAUCUGGCGCCAUCGGCUUCGGCGCGACCCUGACCUCGCUUCGCAUCUUUGGCGUGUUUGAUGUUUUUCUCAGCGCCAUCUACGUGGACGGCGUGCGCCUCAGCGGUGACGACGUGGCAAUGGAGUCACCGUAUGCGAUCCGUCUGGCGUACAUCCCCGCCUCUCCGUUGCAGUCCACGACUGCGUUGCUCUGGUUCAACGGUGCGGAAACGUACAACGCAACUGCAGAUCAAGACUGCGAUGAUUUCGCGGCUAGGCCGGUUAGCAUCACGUUGAUGUACACGCACAGCACCGAUGACGACGAGAACACUGAGGCGAGUCGCAGCGCUGAUAACAACCUUGUGUACAACAGAACGGUUUUAUUAGACGGUAAAGACGGACGGCCGUUGCUCAUGCGCUACUGCACGUACACACCGCUGCUCCUGUCAUUGUCGACGUGUGUGCGCGUGAUGGAGCCGUGGGCACUUCACGCUCGCGUUGGUGCCAACGAUGCUAGCAGCGCGGACCCGCUUCACAAUUCGAUUAACGCGACGCAGCGACUAUCUUUGAUAAUGCACCCACAGCAUCAGCGGAUUGCCGGUCACCCACAACAAGAUGGAGAGGCGCACAUCCGACGCUUCAGCCUGCAGAGUGGGUCGUUUACGUUCUCUGAUGUGGACAUGGAUUUGGGGCUUCCGCACACCUCGCAUAGCGUUUUCACGGGUCAUGCGCCAUGGUGGCUUACCUAUGGCAUGCAGGCGGCAAGCCACGUAGCGCCAAAGGAUUUCAUGUUCUCCAAUGUGUCGUUGUUGUGGGCAGUCGGCGAGAUCACCGGCGACUUGACAACCGGGACAGUCGUCCGCUCGCUGGAUGUGCCGCAGGAGGCGUACGGGCUGUAUCUUGUGCUGCCCUCUCUCAUGCUGGUGGCGCACACAGUCACCUUGCCGGCUGUCUUCGGCGUGGCCCCUGGCAAGGGCGUGCGGUUCUGGAAUCAAGUGUGGAUGGUAUCGACGACGUAUUACGACCUGAAGAUCAGUGGUGCCUUCCCGCGUUCCACGCUUUUCGUGAAUGAAGACACGGCGGUAUUCUUGCGCCAGCUGCAGUUUCCUGAGCUGCGCGACGGCGACACGUACGCGUACGUCCACACCGCGGUGGAAAAGUGCACGGUGGGCGGCGCAGGCGAUGGUGACACCCUUCAUUGCCGUGUCGCGGUAGAGAGCGACGUGUACGACGCCAGCGACGGCGGAACCGUGGCGUCGGCCGCGCUGAUGGACGCAUGUGGCGGUGGUGUGGUGGUGGACCUCUGUCUUGCGCAUGGCACCACGUCAGAUGACGCCGCCGAAGCAGUAGUGAGUGGGAACUUUAGCGGCGUCUCCCCUGUCAACGGAUUCCCGCUGUCCGUGGCCGCCAAUAGCGUACUGCGCUUGGCAUCCCUCCUGGAAGCCGUUCCGUCAGCUGGACAGUUCUUGCGCGACGCGGCCGCUGCUGGGGCGACCUCCUCUUCUCACGAUGCUGCUGACGCGCGUUUGGCUGAGGCGGCGCCAACGGCGCGUGCGGAGGAUUGGGUGGUGAUGCGGUUUUCGUUCCUUUACCAGAACAGGCGGAGCGGCUCGUACCAGGUGCACUGCGACGGCAGCGUGGAAGACAUGUAUGUGAGUAUCCGACCGUACGAUGAUCCCUUCACCCCCGUCCAUGCUCACUGCAUUCAGCCACUCGCCGACAACUCAACGUCUGUUUUCCGCCACUCCGUGAUCGACACCGUGUUUGAUUCGGAGAACGUCUUGUACAUCAACGCCAGCUGCACCUUUCGUCUUGCCACCUUGCUGGACGCAAAUGCUACGUCCGCGGCGUUCUGUGGUGUGUCUCUGGAAGGCAUCGACGUUGAUUUUGAGCUCGUGGGCGGCGCUCCACUAUCCUCGCACGCCGUCUACGAGGUGCGCAUUCCGUUGGACGGCGCAGCAAGCAGCUCCUCGGGUGUACCUGGGGCGCCGUCUGUCGCGUAUCAAGCGACGCUGUCCGUGGACGGGGAAGCCGCGCCGAUAGCCGUUGUGGACUUGCCUUCUCUUUCCUCUCCAGCAGACUGCUACGGGCUGCCGUGGAAAAUCGUCGAAGGUGUGGCGGCGCACCCGGAGUCUGCGCUUUACGGGCAGCGGUGGGGCGGACUGGGUUACGCACAUUACACCUUUAUCAUUUCUGCAAGCAGCGGGGCUCGUUACUGCCACACCUUUAUCGCCUUUCACCUGACCCCUGACCACGCUUCAUCCUGCGGGCAAAUGAAGCUGAACGUCACGGAUGUGCGAACGGGGGCCGUGGAUGAUGUUGUGCUGACGCAGCGCGUGUUCUGCGGCUCCCGUUCGUACUUUAUGGACCCAAUUUCAGCCCUUCAGCUACGUGUGCCGUUGAUUGAGGUGCCACGGCUCGUGGACUUGAAUGCGCUGGUCCCUGACACGGAAACGGGCUACAUGGUCUACCAGUAUUGCGUUGACGUGCUCUUUUACCUAGAUGACGCCGAUGGCGCCGCCGGCGCCUACGCGCAAAAUGGUCCGUUGAUUUUCACCCUGCUUGACACCGUGGACACACCAAGCAGUUUUGUGCCGUGGGUGCGGCAAGCAGUCCCUGAUCCGACCACCUCGCUGGUGCUGGGUGACACGCUGUUCUUCACCGGCGGCGCCCUGCGUUACUACGACAGCACCGGUGCGCACCCCCUCACCGGCACCCGCUUCGCUGUCCAACUUGCCGCGGUGGAUGUGGAGCCGUGUGGGGAUUUCUAUCUUGUUGCGCCGUCUGGCUUCUUUCCGGAGCUGCCGGCGCGAUGGAUCAACGAGACCACCAUUGCACUGCCCAUCACCGCAGACGUGCCGGGUGGGUGGUUUAACCUCACCAUGACGCAGGGCGAGGCGGGCGAGGUGUAUGUGUAUUGCGGACUCUCUUUUCGCGUGAGCGGGUCCAUCACGUCAGUCACCACCGCGGACGUCGCUGGGCCGGCAGGUGGGACAAAGGUGCACAUUCGCGGCGUGAACCUUCCCAUGGCACCGCCCGGCACCAACGUUUCACUGACGCUGGGUUACACGAGAGGUAAUGCGCAGCUGCGCGCGCGCCGGUGCACCAUCACCUUUGCCCUUAGCACGGCGAUAACGUGCACGACGCCGCGGAUGUCCGCCGACGUGAUUGCGCAGCUGGCGCUCUUCACCGAGGAGAGCGAGUACGCCUACACCUAUUGGCUGCCGGUAAACUUGACGUCGUACUUCUACAACGGCACGAGUGGAGCGUGGGAGGUGUUCCAGAGCAUCAACGUAGACACCGUCGGCGACGGCGCGGAGCUGCUGUCUGUGAAAUUUCGCGUGAGCAAGGCGACGGUGACGGACGUGUGGCCGCUUGAUGUGUCGCGCAUGGAAGGAAACCCAACGUUUCACAUCCGCGGCACCGGGAUCGAGUCGCACUCGGUGCUCCUGUGUGACGUAGCCACCAUCGGCACCGCAAGUACGCCAGAAGAGACGAGCUGUAUUCUGUGUCUGCCUCGCUCCUUCUCGGCGGUGGGGCUGGUGUGCGACGCGCUGUGGCCCUUGAACGAGCGCGCGUACCGGGUCUACGUGUCUGAAAUCGCUCUCGAGGGCGACACCGGCUUUACUGUUCAGACCCACCUAUCCGUAUCGUCUGCGCAGCCCGAUUUUAUCUACCCCUACGCGGCAGGCGUCGAGUUGACGCUCAAAGGGACGUGGUUUGCAUCGGCGGUGACAACGGACAUGCUGCUGGUGGCAAAGGCGAACGGGGGAGCGGAGCAGCGGCAGUAUCACGCCCCUUUUACAUUCUUCACAAACACCUCCAUUAGUGCGCUGGCGCCGGAUUUGAGCUGGAUGGCAGAGAGGGGAGGAACGCUCUCCUUGCACGUCGUGUAUGGGGUGGACCAAAAGGACCUGGCUGCCGUGUGCACGCGGUGCGCUAUCAAAGUAGUCUCUGAGGCGAUGAUGCCGUCCAUCGACUCCAUCGAUCCUUUUUCGGGACAAGCGCCGAUGCUCAUCCGCGUCUACGGCUCAGGGUUCACUCAGCUCGUGCACUCUCCCAAGAAUCCUUUGGCCGUUGCGCGAAGCAGUUUCGUAACGGGCGCCGGAACACCGUUGGGGGCCGUGAGGGCGGAGGAGGAGGGAGAGGAAGAGCAAAAAGAAACGUACAUCAAAAUCGGCGCGGACCCGUGCUGGAUUGUAGAUAUGCUGAACACGCUCAUCGUGUGUUUUUUGGCCGAGCCGUGUUCAAACCUGGACCCCGACAGCACUGUGCGUCUUGUUUCGCGGACCUUCGGCAGCACCGGUAGCACCGCUGCCGGGACGUCGUCGAAGCUGUUCUUCUACUGCACCAUGAGUCUCAUCGACAUCUCACACAACGUGGGGUCCAUCGCGGGCGGCCAAGAACUCAUCAUCACUGGUUUGGGAUUUCCCACCAAAGCAGCUCAGCUCUCCGUCACCGUGGCAGGCGCACCCUGUAUCGUUCUGAAUGUCACGAAAACCGCCAUCACGUGUCUCACUUCUGCCUCUCCGAGUGGUCGCGGGUCUACCGGCGUUGUCGUGGUGAACAGCCGCGCGAACGGACGAGACAGCAGCUGCUGCUCCUACACAUACGAUCCCGACAUCACCCCGACCCUCACAUCGGUGUCACCGACGGUAGCCGCACCUGGGGCGCGGUUGCUGCUUUUCGGCACCAACUUCCCUUUCAACGACGCCCUGCCGUACCGUACGUCAAACGCGAGCGCGUCGGCAGGAAAGAUGUCAGUCAUCUUCGGAUAUCAAAUGCUGGAAGUGACCGACAUACAGAGCUCGACGCGGGCGUCGAUGACCAUUCCCAGCGACUUAUUCGGCCGCGACUACCUUUCCGUCCACGUCCCUCAAAUCGGCAACUCCGCCAAGUAUCUUGCACGGAUGUUUACCGUCUUGAUGACGCCAUCCAUGAUAGUGCCCAGCGUCGGCGGCUUCCGUGGGCGGACACCUGUGCGAUUCAUUGGCAAGGCAGUGAGCGCGAAUCAAUCGGCGAUUAAGACGAGGGCGCUGCUCGACGUCUUCGUGUGCGGCCGUCGGUGCAUCAUUCUGGACGCCAGCGAGGCGGGCGAGGUGCGGUGUUUGACCCCCGAGUACAUGGACGAAGAAUUUGUUGCGCAGUACCGCGCGUCCUUGUCGUUCCCAGAGGUGACAAGCGGAUUCAAGCUGUACGUGUCGAGCAGGUCGACAGUGGAAACGGCGACCGGGAUAGAGACGGCGUCGCCCUCGGCGACGACAGGCUGGGUCGACGUCACAACCUUUCUCGCCGUCGGCGCGGCCGACUCAUACGUCGGCUUCACCCCCAACGUGAUUUCUUUCAUCCGCAUUGCGUCGCCGGAGGUGUCGAUUUUGCUCGAGGCGCGUCUGCACUCUCGGCUGCUUCUCUACAACGUGAUGCUGUUUUUGGUCCCGUCCACGCCCGGCAUCGGUCAGCUCGACCUCUCCAACGCGAUCUGCCGCCUGCACCUGUCCACCGCGGAGGCGGAGACCUUUGACCUGUUCUCCGCCGCCGCCGAUCCCGCGAACGCAUCCACGUGGCAGGAGAACAGCAGCGGUGAGAGCUCUUACUUCACGUGGCCUUCGCUGCAGGUCGGGGCUAACUCGCUCAACUUUAACGCCCUUGGCACGCUGCCCACCGCCGGCUACGUCCGCAUCACGUGCGAGGGCUUGCCGGUGAGCGCGCUGGAGUUGCACAACCUCACCGUGAACGGGUACCAGGUAGGGCCGGAUGCCACUGGCGGGCGGUGCCCGGUGAACAUCGUCGCACAUCACCGUCGCGAUCAGCCUGGCUUGAGUUCCUGUUCGAGUCGCACCGGGGAGUCGUGUCCGCUCUUCUACUACCAAGCGUCGCUCACGCCGGUGGUGACACGCUACGAACCGGCCUACGCGUUGGCCAGCAACGUCGGUGCGCGCAUCACCUUGCACGGAACCGGCUUUGGCGACGACUUGAGUGCGGUGCACACCGUCCUCCUCGAUAAGGCCCUGUGCACGCCGGUGUCAGUGACGGACGGGGAGUUGGUGUGUGCGAUGGAAGGACGCGUAUCGCGCGACGCGGAGUGGCAGGUGCUGUGGACAAACGAAAGCGGCAGGGGCGAAGCCAUGCUGCUCAGCGCACAGCCCUUCUACGCAGCAGUCGCGUGGUCUUCCUACUUGGCGUGGCGAGGCGAGGGGCUCCCCAAGGAAGGUCAGAUCGUGGUCAUUCCCCGCUCCAACACUAUUCUUCUCGACACAACGCCCCCCGCGCUGACGGGGAUGCUGCUGUACGGCGUCCUCAUCAUCUCCGACGAGUUGGACAUCGAGCUGCGCCUCGGGCUUCUUACCAUCUCAGAGACCGGUGCCCUCAUCGCCGGUAGCGCGGAGCGCCCGCACACGCACUCAUUCACCAUCACGCUCUCCACCAACGUCUUCCAAGAGUCGCCGCUGUUCUACAUCGACGACAUUCACUCUAUCUCGCACCAGAAAGAGCCGUACCUGGAUAAGACGCUAGAGGUGCUGGGGGGAACGCUGCAGCUGCACGGAGUGCCGCCCACUAUUGCCACGGCGCGUCUGGCCGUCAGUGCCAGUGCCGGCGACGUCGUCGUCACGGUGGACCGAUGGGUGCCGUGGAGCGUCGGCGACACUGUCGCGCUAGUCACGAAGGGCGACCCCAACCCCCACCACGUGGAGAAGCGUGUCAUCGCGCAGAGGACGGCCAACGCCACCCAUACCGUCCUACGCUUCUCGAGCGACGCACCGCUAGCAAACAGGCAUAUUGGGAAAGACGAAAUGCUCAGCCGCUGGCAGGGCAGCGGAAGCAGCGGUACAGCUGGUCGGGCGGGAGAAGGCUGGAGCGCAGAGGAGUACGCGUCGGCGGUAGGCACUGACGUCGUGUACCUCACUCGAACCAUCUGCAUCCGCGGUGACGCUAUAAGCGCCGUCUCCGCCGUUGGCGGCGCUCUUUGGCUGAUCAACACUACCACUUCGCAGCUGUCGCACGUGGAAAUGUACCGCACCGGAAAACGCGGCAGCACGCAGACCUACAGUGUGUGGCUGCAGGGGAUCCGCUACCCGGCUGACUGGGUCGUCUUCAACGACGUCGUCAUCUAUGAUGCGUACUACCGGGGCGUUGUGCUACAGGAGACUCGGCACGUUGUGUUAUACCAGGUCACAGUUCUCUACGCGGACGGCUUUGCAGUUUCGUCGAUCGGGGCGAGCGACGAGAGCGCCACCGUGCAGAACAGCUUCUUUGUCGGGCUAUACGGAGGCAGUGGCGGCGCCGACACUGUGCCCGCUGGUCUUUUCACCUCCUCUGCAGACGUGGCGCUGCGCAGCUCGGAAAUAUGCGUGUGCGACGGUCACGGCGUUUGGUUUGCACUACGCUUUAUUUUUCUGUCGACCGGUGGACGCACCUGCCCUGGGCAGCGCGCGCUGGCCGCCAUCGAAGAAAACCGCAUCCACCACACGGGUGGGCACGGGCUCGUCGUGUACCCUCUUCAAUUUAACACUGGCGACCGAUGUCUUCUCGGCGCGGACGGCGCCGCGUCAAAUGAUCCAGCCAGCGUGAACAAGGCAGAAAUGUUGGCGUCUGUCGAGUACACGCCGGGUAUGCUACCCGCCGGUACGCUGCAGAGGCAAGUCAUCUUCUCCUGUGGACUCUAUGGUGUCUACUUACCUCCCUCUAGCGGAUACGUGCUCGACGACAUCGUCAUCAUGGACUGCGCGCUCGCGUCAAUCUUUGUCGACUACGCAACGAACAUGACGGUGAUGCGCGACACGUCAUUCUUGGCGACGCUGCCAGACGGAACCUGCUCGGCGCGCAGCGAGACGGAUGAAGGCGGCGCCGCAGAGUGCCGUCUGGCACAGCGCACCGGUCUUCACGCGCAGCACGGCGGACACCUCUCGCUUUCCUCCCUCGCUCUGGGCGAUUUUGGGGGCGGGAGCGCGCUGCGCCUCGCCACCCUCAGCGCGCCGUCGUCCCAGGCAACCACCUAUCCCAGAGGAAGCUUUGCCGCGUUGCGCAGUGCCCAUCUGACUGUUCUCUUCUUCAACCUCAGUGUGGUGGAUGGUGUGGACUUGAAGAUGAUGCUGGCGGGUGAUGUCGCCUUGGUCGACACUGACGGGCAAGUGAGCCAUUCGAACGUGACUUCUUUCUUUUUCUUUGGCGGUGCAACAGUGCGUGUGAUGCCGCCCAACUGCGUCGUGUUCUCCGCCGCAGAAGACGGCAUCGACGGCGCCGUCCACAGUGCGGCGCGCCCCGACUCGGCUGAUACGCAUGCAGGAGCAGGUGAAGCGUCGACAGCACCAACGACAUUGUCGGCCAUGAUCGGCAGCGGUAUUCUUGUCGAAGAGUCGCCAAACCCGUCUUUGUCGCGGGUGCACGGUCACGACAAGACAGUUGCUGGGAUGAGUGGUGGAGUGGUGGUCACGCUGCGUAGUUCGGGAGGCAACGACAACAACGGCAGAGCCGAAGAAGACAAGCAAAGGCCUCGGCGGGACAGCUUCUCUCGCAUGGUCGGCAACGGCGUCUUCAACGAAAAAUUUCGCGCUCCGCCAAAGCUAACGGUGUGCGUCGCGCCCUCCAAGCGGCUCUCGCUUCUUUUCGUUAACGUUUCUGGCGUCGACGCAUCCGCAGAGCCCUCAAAAGCCGUUCGGUGUACAACGGCGACAGCUGAGUUGCGCGAAGGUGACAACACGAGGUUUUUAAUCGACGCAUACAUGAGUCAGCUCUCUUUCCGCUCCAACUCAACGAAGGCCAGCGCAGUCGCCUUUUACACUCUGACAGAGGACGAUGGAGCGACGCAGAGUGACGCGGCGUCUGGAGUGCACGCGGUGUGGCACAGUGCCGUGGAAAGCACAAACACCACAUGGGGGAAAGCGGGCUACUACACACUUGAGUCUAGUACGAACCUCACCCUGGCAUUUCGCACCGCAGCUGGUGGGCAAUGUUACCCCUCUGCGCUGUCUAUCAGCGUCGAUCCAUCCUUGACGUGGCCGACGGCGGCGCUUAUGGUGCAGGUGCGGGUGUUGCCGUCUGCCUCGUACUUUGAGCGUCAGGCUUUUUUGAACUCUUCGUGCUCUCCCUCCCCACUGGUAGGCUGUAUUACGUGGGCAAACGCCUCGAUCGUCGACACUGUGUCAAUCACAGACAAGAAGGACGUAUCGUCGGCGCCGGACCUCGUCGCGGUGGUCCGCACCACGUCGUCCAGCUCCCUUCCGCCCCCCGCAUUCCCCGCCACAUUCACCGCGUUGAUGAGUCUGGUGCAUCACCCUCUCUGCUUGAACUCAGCAGCUUCUGCCACGGGCAGCGCCGCGGCCAAGACCGCUCGUGGACCGUGGGACGCCUCUCCGUCUCUCUGGGCCGCCGUCGAUGUCACGUCAUACGGCAGCAACGACGACGGGGAAGGCGUUGGCUACAGCGGACCGUACUUCCCACAGAUGCGCCCACUGGUGACCUCCAACUCAACAACAGCAGCUGACGAGUCUGACGCGUCUUCUCUUUUUGUGUCCUGGUACUCGGCCGCGGCGUGGGCAGACGGUGUGGCGCCGUGGAACGUGAACUUCAGUGGCACGGCGAGUGCGGCGGCGGAGAGCGCGUGGCACCACGAUGCCUACGUCAUCCCUUUUGGCACACGCGUUAACCUCACUUUGGCCGAGGCGGCGCAGGUGGACGGGGUACUUGUAGUGGUCGGAGAGCUCUUCAUUGCACCCGCAGCAGCAGCAACAACAACAUCUAGAGCACGUGCCAGCGCCGCGGACACCUCCAGCUCCGCCGCACGUGAUUCGUGUCUCCGCCUGAGCAUCACCACGCUCAUUGUUCUCGGAAAGCUCAACGUGUCCGUCGUGGACACGAGCGGGCCGCGGGUGUGCUUGGUGUUCGGUGCGGGGAGUGCGUCCCCCAAACCGUACCGUCUAGACGCCAACACGCUCGUCUACCCGGGCACUUUGUACGCCGCUGGGGAGGUGGCCGUGAUGGGUGCGACGGCCGCGCCGACGGUGUGGCGAACCACUGCAAUGGUGCGUCGCAACACCACGGCGUUCCCGACCUGCACGAGCAUUGCAAAUCUCCUGCAGCUGCAGGACUGGUGCGAGCUGCACGCACGAUGGGCCGUUGGCGCCUACAUCUAUCACAACGCAUCAGCCGAGGAGUUGGCGGAGAAUUACGUGGACGACGUGGUGGCCGAGCUGCAUGUGGCCACGGAGCAGUGUCUCGCUACAGUGCGGGACUUCUUGCCCUCGUGGAUGCAGUGGACGCCGAAUCCGGUCAUUGCUGACGCUCCAGCGGAACUGCUUGUCAGCUGGCGGCGUCGCGAUCGCGUUGGCUUGACAAGUGGCAGCUCCUCCUUAAACGAAGCGGAGGAAGGGACCUUCGCGCAGGACGUCAACGGCUCGUACGUUCGCUCGCGGAUCAGCGGUGCUGACAUCAAGGCAGUGGCCAACGUCACCACCGUCAGCGUAGACAACGGCGCCGUGUUGUCAGACUGGACGUGGUCGCACGGUCGUGAGUACAGUCGUGACGAAACAAGUCGCUUGCCGGGCUACGGCGUCAACAGUGAGGUGGUGAGUCUGACGAAAACGGUUGAGUUGGACUGCGCGGUGCCACGCCGCAUUCGAGGCCGCGGCUGCAUGAUUCUCAUCACACGCCAACGGCAUCCGCAUCUUCUCUUUGAGCCGCCGCGUUUCCGUGCCAGCGGGGUGAGUGUGCGCCACUUUGGCAAAGGUGGCCAACUGCGCGGUGGUGUGGCCGCUGUAGAAGGCGUGGAGCCGCUCACGUUUCUGCCUGCGAUGUACGUCAACAUCACCGCUGUCCCUGGAGAGCGUGUGACGAACCAAACCGUCAUGGACACGCUCGGGUACGCGAUGUUGUCCGGCAGCGUGAUUGAAAGAAGCUACGGCACGGCGCUUUACACGGACCGGCGAAACACGCACCUGUUCAUGGUGGAUUCCGCGGUUUGGUACAGCGAGGGCGGCGGCGUACGCUUGGAUGGCGGAGGCACAGGAAUAUACAUGGAAAGCGUAGUGGUCGCUGGCACACGCUACGCUCGCGUUGCUGUCUCGAGCGAUGCGGGGGAUGAGCUGCCUCGGUGGAGAGAGAGGCCCGACAACCACGAUGCGGCGCUGAUGUUGACGGACACGGAAGUAACAUCCAUGUGCAGCGUUUUGUUGAACCACUCCCACACCUACUAUCCUUUGCAGCUAACCUCGAGUUUUUUACAGGAGAGGGUGUUGGACACCACCGUCGUCAUGGCUGCUUCCGGCGUCUUCAUCAAAAACGUCGUUGCGGGCGGGUCGGAGAGCGAGGGCUUCUGUUUGCCGUGGGCCGGUAGUGGUGGCCCCGUUUUUAUUGAGAGCAACGCGGCGCACAGCUCGCACGUAGGACUCUUUCUCUUCUGUGCGCCGCCGGCGGCGGGGACCGAGUUGUACGAGGCAUUUUUCCCGUGGAGCUGGAGCGGGGGCAGGGAUGGCAGACAGGAGCUUCCGAUGGGUAAGGGAACACCCUACACGACAAGCGGUCUCGCAAGCGCGACCACGCGCAACACCGACGCAGACACGACGGCAUCGAAAGGCUGGCUGACGGAUGUCCAUCUGCAAAACGUGACCGACUUUGCGCAAUGGGUCAUCUACGACAACCGUUACAUCGGCGUGUACAGCAGCGGUCACCAGAACGUGUCCGUUGUCCACUCCGACAUCUUUUCCAACCCCAUCGGCGUCGCCCUCGCAGUCCACCCGAUGGAGUUGUCUGGUAGCAGCCAAGUGCGCAACUCGUACGUGGCUACCUUCCCUCGAUGCAGCUGCACGGCGGCCAUGUACGGCCUCACCACAUUCGACCGCAGCGACGAAGACAACGCCUCCUGGCACGUGUGCCAGCCCAGUGCCUACAUGGAGCCGGCGUGGACACCAAAAGGCUGCGGUGCCGUCACCUUUAUCGAUGACAGCUACCACUACACCGCUGUACUUGUCUUGCCGUCGUACGCUUACGUCCCGCUGUCGUACAGCCGCGACACUGUCUUCACUGCCCCUGACGGUGGUGUGCUUGAGAGUAGCACCGAGGGAACGCUUCUCUUCGACGAGGUCCUGUUCGGCGCUGUGGGUGAGCUGAAUCUGUGUGAUAGUACCGUUUGCGAAGCGACGGUCAUGCACGGUACCGGCAACGUGCUGCGCAGCGCCGCCGUCAUGGGUACCACAGGGGAAAGCCUGCGAAGCAGUGCCUCGUUGUCGAGUAUUGAAGCGUCUCGCAUCGAGUACGCCCCGUCGUGCGCGCAGGCUCUUGUGCAUUCACCAAUCCUGUCAGCAAAACGACCGAUGGCGUCCAACAGAAACAUGGACCACCACGAUAACGAUGACAUCAGUAGCCGCUCGGUUGCGAACACUCUUCUCAGCGUCUACCGCCCUCUCUCUGGCACGACGGCCUCGGUGUUGCGGCUGCGGCCGACCACCACUGCCGCUGACAACCCGUCCUCCGCCGCGGCUGCAGCGACGUUAGCGGAUCUCGCACAACACAUUCGCGACUACUGCGCCAACGGUAACCUGUGCGACGCGUCGGACAGUGCUACGGUGGCGACGCUGCAGGAGGCGUACGCGAGCCCCUAUGUCAUGACGGCGGUGUACGAUGCAGACGCGACGCUCUUUAACGGCCUGGGCCCGAAGCAGAUUUACGUUCCGCUUGGGGCAACGCUGGGGUCGCCGUUCUCGCAGCUGCUCGCGUCGCGCUGUGUCCUCUCCACCCUGGCGGAGGGCAACCUCUUUGCGUGCGACUUCGACGAAAUGUUCUAUCAGGUUCGCCUUCGCAGCGUUGAUGAUCGGGUAAGCAAAGGUGCCGCCGUACCGUUCCUCUUCACGCGGACGUCGCUCUCCGUCGCGGACACCACCGCAACCGGCCUAACGGAUGCGGCAGACGAGAGCGGAGAUGGAACCACGAACUCGGUCGCCGUUCUUCAGCCCUUUGGGCACCGCAGCAGCGGCAGCAGCAACGCGAGUGCGCUUUCCACCAUCAACGACGCUACGUUCUUCUCUUCCGCCUCUCAGCUUGCCAUGCAGGUGCCAUUGGGCAUUGUGACUGUCAACAUAAACCCGUUGUCCUACCCCGAAGCAUUGGAGCUACACACUACGGCCUGCCCCACCCCGUCGCGCAUCGCGAACGUGUCCAGCUUGCUGAAGAUUCGCCUCAUGGACGAGAGUGUGACGGUGCAUGUCUGGUUGGUGCGCACACGCGCCAUGCUGGAGAACGUGCACCUUGUCGAGAGCACGGCCACCAUGUACAGUAGCACAGUUUCUGCGGCACACGAGAUGGAAGAGUACGUAUCGGUGGAUCGGCCGCAGUGGGUUGAGCAGACGACGGUAUCCGACGAAUACACGCUGUGGGCGAGGAACACCAUGCAGAGCCACGACAACGGUGUCACCGUGUCGUCGCUCCUCUUUCGCCUUUCCUGCGGCGAGCGUCUGCGCAUCCAUCAGCUGGUGUACGCCACCCUGGUGCUGUACACCACGGGCAACGCAGACGCUGUGGCUCAGCAUAUGCUGCGCUACGGCACGACGUUGACCGUGCGGCAGCUUCUGCCGCCGCAACGCUAUCCAGACGUAGACACCGACUACUACGCGGGUCGUGUUAGCAUUUCGUUCUUCUCCUUGGCGCCGGAUGCCAUCACGGGUGAGGGGAUGAUGCUGACGAUCAGGGCAGUGGCGACCGACAGUUUUGACUACAACGUCACCGCCGCCACCCUUCUCGUGACCGAGUUCUCGAAUUUGUUCUCGGCUGCGUACAGCCGCCCAGUCCGCAGCGGUGAGUCGGAGGCAGUGGGUGUGCAGGAUGGUGCACACAACAGUCUCCGCAGCAAUGGACUGCCCAACAGAGAUGCAAACACGCCAUUCGGUCCACUGGUCAACCUCCUCGACAUCGCCGGGGUGUUGUUUCGAGUCCUGGUGGUGAUGCCGCCGCAGCUGCCCAGUGAGCGGGAUGCGCUGCAGGCAGUCCUCUCGAAGGUCAACAUUAUGAAACGGGGUCAGGUGGCGGAAGGGCCCCUCACCACGCUCACAACCGUCGUGUCGGUGGUAUUUGUGCUAGCGGCGGUGUUCGCCAUUGUGCUGUACGCGCUACCCAUGUUGCAGCACCGCAAGGCGCCAACGGCAGACGCGCGGCGGCGGGCGGCGUCGACGAUGGACGUCUCCGCGGCGACGUUGGUGGUAGAGCGUGCACCGUCCAACGGAGCCGUCUGCGCUACCGCGGUGGUUGUUUGGGUGGCCGGUGCGCUGCGCACCACGUUGGGUGCCACCCUCGACAAGGCCGGCGUCACGCGAAGCGCGGCCGAAACGAUGCAAGCACUUCACGGCACCGAUUCGAGCAUACGCACGUUGAGCAAAGAACUAGGCACCCACCACCACAUCCGCAAACGCGUGGACAAGCAGAGCAAAGACGCAGCACCGGCGAAGGUGGUGCGACAGCUCUUCCUUCUUCCCAGCUACAACGUCCUCUCUGGUACAUCGAUCUGCGGCCCUGCGGCGGCACCCAUCUCGGCGUUCAUAACGCACGCACGCAGUGAACGACCCGUUGCCCGUUUUUCCGACCCUCAACGCAGCCAGGAAGCCGACCGGCAACGGUACGUGGACGAGUGGCGUCUCGGCACGCGUGCCAUGUCGUUUCUGGUGCAGCGCGGAACCAGCAUGAAUAGUGGUGGAACUGCAGGUGGCGGUCUGUCCAAUUCGACAAUGUACGGCGGAGCAACGGCAUCGACCUCCUCCUAUGCCACCCGCGUCCCUGCAGGGCGCGAUGGCGGGCGCUCCUCUGGUGCUGCUACUGGCGGCGAUUUCGUCAGCCCUGUUCUGAGCAGCGUCCUAAGCACAAACGCCUCUUGCCGCUCUGCGCAGCAGCAGCAGCAGCAGCCGUGGCUUCGCAGCGCAUUUGAGAGAGCAGCAACGCCGGCGUUUUCAUUGUUGUCGUCGAGAGCGUUGUCACCCUCGCCAGCCUCCGCGGACGCCGCGAUGACCACCCUCGAGCGCGUCAUUCCGGUUGGCAUGCCACCCGACUCCGUACCAAGGUUCAGCACCCCUCUCGGUGUUCCGAAAGACCUCAGCGCAAAGGAUGGCGGCUUCCAGCCGUUUUCAACGGGCAGCGACAGCACCAUCACCAUUGCACCUACCUUCACUGGUCUUCCACCGCUGCCCCCGGUGUCCUCCGACCCCAUCGGAGCCGCUGCUGCGUCAGCCAGAGCAACGCCGCUGUUGACGGUAAGUGCAGCCAGUCCAAGCCCCACCGACACCGCAGCGGUGUCGCCACACAUGCCGGGCGUCACGCCCGUCGCGAUCCAAUCGAUCCUCACCACCUCCAUCCUUGCCGGUGCCACCUCCCUUGCUUAUCCGUCUCGUUUACUGCACAUCAUCGGCACCGCACCGGAUGUUCCGUUGAGCGCGGUGGGAAGCGGCGUUGUCGCUGGCGACGGGAGGCCCGAGGAGUCGGUCGUCGCUGCGACCACAUCGACCCUUGGAAUUUUUCCAGGAGCCGCGUCAGACGAUGUGCCGCUCGUGCUGCGUGGGCGAGGCAACAUCAUGUUCACCACGCCGGACACAGACGUGGAGGCAACGAGGGCGUUGCGUGGUGUAGGAAGCGUCACGCUACCCCUCAAUUCGCGGAUUGUCGGAGAAGAAAAUGGUUUGGCGUUUGAUUCGGAAGACUAA